AGUCCAUUGAACACAAUUCUAUCGCGCUUCAAUGUCUUCUCCUUUCGAGUCUCCUGCAAAAAGACGUCUAAUCAUGGCCUCCAAUGAGCAAACUCAGUCGAAAUUCCAGGCUAUUGCAACUAUCCAUAACGAUAGUUUCAUUCCCACAAAUCAAGAGCAAGAAGAAGAAGACCAAACUUUUGGCGACAUCAAUAGCAACUUCAUCCACUUUAAUGGGAGCCAGUCCCAAGUUAUCCCGCCUGGGUACAGGUUCUGCCCGUACGACGGGGAGCUCAUCUUCUUCUACUUGAAGAAGAAGAUCGAUAACGAGGCGUUGCCGCAUGACGGAAUCAUAGAUGUAAAUCUUUACGAGCACAAUCCGAACUACCUUACAGGUUCUUCUCUCUCUGUCUGUGCUUAUUCGUAUCUUUUGGUUGUUUUAAGGCACAUGAUUGAUGCACUUAGUUGUGGGUUCCUCGUGAAUGAUUUGUUCUCUUCCUCUACUACUCCCACUUGUUUUGCCUACUUCUCCUCCUCGCCUCCGCCUCUGCCUCCUCCCCCUCAAAUCCGCCUCCGCCUCCACCUCUGCCUCCUCCCCCCUCAAACCCACCGCCACCCCAAAAACAACAAUUACCCACCAAACCCUCCUAAAUCCCACAACAACUACCCUCCCGCCCCCACCGGCAUCGACUCCGGUCGUUAUCCACCGUUAGGGGAUAAACAUUGGUACUUCUUCACAACAAGGGAACGAAAAUAUCCCAACGGAAUACGACCUAAUCGAACAGCGAGUGAUGGAUACUGGAAAGCCACAGGAGCAGACAUGCCCGUGCACCAUAAAGGUCAAGAAGUUGGGUAUAAAAGGGCAUUGGUUUUCUAUCUUGGAAAGCCACGAGAGGGUAUUAAGACAAAUUGGAUCAUGCACGAGUUUAUAGUCGAUAAGCCUUCAAGAACUAAAGAUGGAGAGAAUGAUAUGACGUUGGAUUGUGUUUUAUGUAAGAUUUACAAGAAAGAACCAGGAAAAGGGAAGGAGGGUGCCGAUCCCACAACUCUGCUCGCUUCCUCUGUUGAAGAAAAUGAUCUGAUGUUCGAAAGCUCCGAACACGACGACGUAUGCGUUCAAUCGACUAAACUUUUGCAAACCUCGCGAUCCACGGAUGGUUUCCUCCCGGAUCAUGCCUCGAUCGCUGUUCCUGAUCAACCGAUUCUCAAUGACGAGACUCGACCAGCUGAGGUGAGAUAUCCUGCUUUCCAGCACCUGGACAACAAGUAUUUUCAAGAGGAUGACUUCUCGGCUGAUUUGGAUACUUCCCUUUGGGGGCUGGAAGACAAUUGCAGGUUAUAUCAGCCGGAUGAUGCUUUCGAUGAUUUGGAUACUAUCCUUGGGGGAUUGGAAGAGGAUCAAGGGUUCGUUAACCCGGAUGGCUUGUUUGCUCAACCUCCCAAUCUCGCCGGCCAGAAUUUCGAUAUAUUGGUCUAAUUAUGGUACCAAUAAUCCUUCAAAACACCACCAAAAAUUUGAUUUUGUGCUUGACACUUAAGUGUAACUUUUUAGGCUGUGUGGGGAUUUUCAGACCAUAUACACUAU